CAAUUCAAAGCUUUGCUGCAGGCAAAUUAUUUUCGACGAAAUGAUGUUAAUUUGCUUUCUGUUAUCACCGUACGGUGGGAAAAGAUAAGUAGUUUCAUCUUCUCUUUGAGUGAUAAGAAAUGUACCGCUUGUGUUACGUUAGAACUCGUUACAAUUGUAAAGUACGUAAACCACAAUGCAUUGCGACACGUUCACCUCGCGAACGUUUAUGCUGGUUUCACACACAUGCCACACCGGUGAUAAAGCCUACUCAACCGGUUUUUCCCUCCCCGGACUAUGCUCUAGUGAGAUAUACGGCUGCAAAGCUGUUUUGCAUUGCAGUUACGUAUACUACAAACCAUGGUUAAUGGUAGUUGUGCGUUGUUAUGGAAACCGUGUGGUGAGCGCAAUAUCCACCUCCUGAAAGCUGUCCUGAUUAAAUUGAGACAUUUUUUUUGUAAUUCCAUAAGAAGAAGGAAACAUAAGUUCAUGUUUUUCGUUAAAUGAUCGAGCAAUUGCUACUAUCCAUUUGAUUCAUUUGACUUAAAAGCAUUAGCGACCAAUAGAGCCAGGCCUGAGAUACAUUGUCGCAAUAUUACUUACGUCCGCUGGCCUUAUCAGUGCGAGCAUGUGUGCGAGGUAGAUUAUUGAUUCCAUUUUCAUUCUGUUAGUUUUCGCGGAGGGAACUGUAAUUCUCUCUCGCUCUCUCUCCUUCUUUUGAUUGUGCUCUUAAUUGACCCACGGCGUAGUAACAGCUGACGAUUUGCGGCAAUCGAGGGCACGUCUCUGGUCUCUGGGCCAGUUUAUGUUUGUUCCCGUUCACUGUGCAAGUUACUUAAUCUGAUAAAAUCGAACGGUUCUGAACGGUGAAAAGCAGAAUCAGUUAAUUAUUUACAAUCGUACCGCGAAGAUGCCUACGACCAAGUUCUUUCAAUCAACGAGAAAAAUCAUCGGUGCCGGUGUUAACUACAAAGAAAUUUUGCGCCUUACAAACGCCCCAAAACCGGAUGCUCCCGUCAUCUUCUUUAAGCCUAUUUCAUCCCUGUUGGAUAGUUCCACCGGUUCCCCGGCUGAGAGCUCCUCCGUUCCGACCAUCCGCAUACCACGCGUCUUCGGUGGCGUGAUCAAUUUUGAAGCCGAAUUGGGCGUUAUCAUUGGUCGGCGCUGUUCGAAUGUUACCACCGAGCAGGCGAUGUCAUACGUCGGAGGUUACUGCCUGGCACUCGAUAUGACCGGUAUGGACUUUAUCCUGGAUGCUCGACCCAAAGGAUUGCCCUGGUGUCUCGGAAAGGGCUUCGACACGUCAACCCCGGUGAGCGGAUUGAUUACACGUGCCGAACUUUCAAAUCCGGACGAUGUACGCGUGUGGUGCGAUAUAAAUGGAGUGCGCAAGCAGGACGACAGUACACGAAAUCUGAUCUUUCCGAUUUCGGAAUUGAUCGCUUACGUGUCGCAAUACAUGACGCUGGAGGAAAAUGAUCUGCUCCUAACUGGAACACCGGCCGGUGCUGGACCGGUGCGCCACGGGGACGUAAUCGAAUGUGGGCUGGGCGAUGGGCUGAUGACGAUGCGUUGCUCGGUAGCAGACGAGUAGUGAUUGUGGUUUGGUCAUUUUACUAAAAACAAAAAAUCAAAUAAACUCGAUCAUCCUCGGUGGAUGAUUGCAGGGUUGAAAUGCUACGGAA